UAUGACCAUAAAAAAUGAAUUUAGUCCUUUUAAACAUGUUGCUCAGUGAAACCUGAGAAUAAAUAGGACUGGUGGACACUGGAUAAUGCUUGAUAGUGUUUGAUCUAAAGUCUUCAUUUGACCGGUCUGAAUCUUGCUGCCAGCAUGAGUCGUCAGUGUAAGAGCUGUGGUGGAGCAGACAUCGACACAGACCCAGCCCGGGGGAGUGCCGUCUGCACAGCCUGUGGGUCGGUUCUGGAGGAUAAUAUCAUCGUAUCUGAGGUUCAGUUUGUGGAAAACAGUGGAGGGGUGUCUUCAGCUGUCGGCCAGUUCGUGUCCGCUGAUGGUACUUCCAAAGCUCCGGUCUUGGGCAGUGGGUUCCACACAAGUCUGGGAAAAGAAUCGCGAGCUCAGACACUCCAGAACGGGAAACGACAGAUACACAACCUCGGCAGCCAGCUGCAGCUGAACCAGCACUGCCUGGACACAGCCUUUAAUUUCUUCAAGAUGGUGGUGAGCAAGCACUUGACACGAGGGCGAAAGAUGACACACGUCAUAGCCGCCUGCCUCUACCUGGUCUGCAGGACGGAGGGAACGCCACACAUGCUUCUGGACCUCAGUGAUCUUUUACAGGUUAAUGUUUACAUUCUGGGAAAGACCUUCCUACUGUUGGCUAGAGAGCUCUGCAUCAACGCUCCAGCCGUCGAUCCAUGUCUGUACAUUCCACGAUUCGCCCACAUGUUGGAGUUCGGUGAAAAGACUCAUGAGGUUUCGAUGACUGCUCUCAGACUGCUGCAGAGGAUGAAAAGAGACUGGAUGCACACGGGACGGCGACCAUCAGGCUUGUGUGGUGCAGCUCUGCUCGUAGCAGCUCGUAUGCAUGAAUUCCGUCGUACGGUGAAGGAGGUGAUAUCUGUCGUCAAGGUGUGUGAGGCCACGCUGAGAAAAAGGCUGACAGAGUUUGAGGAGACCCCCACCAGUGCCCUGACCAUCGAUGAGUUCAUGCGAGUGGACCUUGAGAAAGAAUGUGAUCCUCCGUCUUUUGUUGCAGGACAGAAAAAACUCAAGAUGCAGCAGCUGGAGCAGGAGCUGGCCAAGAAACUUGAGGAAUACCAAGGUGAGAUCAACUCAUACCGCGAUGAGAUUGAGACACAGCUGGCAGUGAGCAGCAGAACCAAACUGAGAGGGAUUUAUGCCUCCUACGCAAAAGAAGAUGAUGACUGUGUUUCUUUGGCCUCUGGGAUGACUGGAGAUGAAGAACUAGAGGAUGAGGAAAUGGAGGCAGCAGCUCAACAUCUCAACCAGGAGUUCAUCAGUCAGGUGCUUGAACAGGGGGACCGGGGAGGAAUGGAGGAUCAGGAGGGGAGCAGGGAUACAGUACCGCUCUCCAGUCAGGCCACACAUGUGCCACUGACAGCCCUCUUCGGGCCUCUGCCCAGUGCAGCCAGCCUUGGUCUAACAGACUCCAUUCGGGAAUGCAUCACAGAAGAAGACACAACAAACAUGGAAGAUAAAGCAAAAAAUGGGGAACUAGAUCUGGAUGGGAUUGAUGAAGAAGAGAUUGAAAAGUACAUUUUGAACGAGAUAGAGGUGAAGGCCAAGACAGAGCUGUGGAUGAAACAGAACGAGGAGUAUUUGAGGGAACAGAAAGAAAAAGAGGAAAGAAUAGCUAAAGAGAAGGAGCAAGGGACCUAUAAGGAGAAGCCAAAGAAGCCGUCCAAGAAGCGAGAGCCGAUCCUGGCCAGCACUGCGGGAGAGGCCAUAGAGAAGAUGCUGGAGCAGAAAAAGAUCUCCAGUAAGAUCAAUUAUGAUGUUUUGCGGGACCUCAACAGCAAGGGCAGUGGGAGCAACACCACCCAGCAAGCUGAGGAUGUGCCUGCCGGUGGCUCUGGGCGCAAAAAGCUGAUCCGCCGCAAGAAGCAGCCAAACAAGAGCAAUCUUGGCCUCGCAAAACCUGCAAGCCUCAUGGGCAAGAGACUCCGCCCCUUAAUAUCGUCCACUCCCAAGAAGAAGAGGACAGCAGCCAAACCGGUCACUCCCAACAUCACCAUGAUGUUGCCCCCUCCAGCUCCCACCCUUCCCCCCGUGAUGGAAAGUGGGCCUGUGGCAUAUGAUGAACCCGCUGAGGAGGAAGAGGAGAAUGAGGAAGAGGCGGAGGUGUCUUGCAUUAGCGCCAUGGAGCUGAUAGGUGGAAAUGACUACGGAUGUGAAGCUGAAGAAGAGGAGGUAUUUUAGACUGCCGUCUGUUCCCCGAAAUUCUUCUCAUUCUCCUAUCCACUAUCCACCACUCUGUAUAGUGAGGAGAGGAGAAAUUAAGGCACAUUUGAGACACCUAUAAUAUGCUGCACGUUUAUGAAAGGUCAUUCUCCAUCACAGUGCUUUAUAUGACUGGUUAAACUGCAGCAUCUGUGUGAUGAAUGAGCUACAAUGGGAGAAGGUGGCUGGCAGCUUUAGACUGAAGAACAUAAAACCAGUUUAGCACUUUGUCGGUGUUCCACUAAAAGUUCAAGAGACAGGAAGCUCUAUAGUAGUUUCCUGAGUGUCUCAGAGAAUUUGUUUUACGGGUGCAGGAUUUGAACCUGUUUGUAAUUCCUUAAAGGUGAGGAUAUUGAUGUCUUCUUAGCUUGCUAAUAAUAUUGAAUGCAUUGUGGGAAAAUGUAAUCGCGAUCUGUUGUACAUUUACACUUGUUGUACAGAAUUGUACAUAUACAGUAGGAAGCUGUGAAAUUGUCACUUUCAGUGUUUUAACUUUUUAUUUUUUGCUAUUUUGUCUGUAUAUAUGUACAUGUAACAGUAUUUUUGUUAGAUGCACUGUAAUAUUUCCUAAUUCCAUGAAAAAGUAAAUGUUCCUCUGUGUUGGAUUAUGAUAAAUAUUCAUGUAUUUUACAGCAAUGUUAUGACCCUCAUUUUAACUGUUUUCAUCAGAUCAUCAGAUGUGGAUUUCAGAGUACACAGUAAAAACUAGUGAGCAGAAUUUGUUAAUGUAUAUGUGAAUAAAUUCACGCAUGUUUAGGAUGAUUUUAUGGUGCUUUUGCAUUCAUUUUGAAGUUUAAAAGCCCCAUCCCCUAUUCAUUGUAGCUUUUGUGUUCGACUGAAGAAAGAAGGAAAGUCAUACAGAUUUGAAACAACAUGACAGUGAGUAAAUGACAACAGAAUUUAACAUUUUUGGUAGCACAACAAGCAUUGUGAAUUCAUUUCUUCAUGUUUUCCCUACAUUCCCUUUCUUGUUUCUUUUUAUAUUUUUCAUGUCAAGCAAGUACUGUACAGUAGUUCCUUACAGCUGAAAUUCUUAAACGUUAUUUGCCAGCCAAACCCCUUUGACCUGAAAUAUUUACUUGAAGUA